UUAUAUUCUGUAGCCAUGGUGGUAGUGCAAGGUCAAAGUAGUGCCAUUGUAGGAAAUAGGCUUUACUUUCUUGGUAGCGCAAUAAGUAAACAAGCAAGUGAAAAUAUUUUUCUAGAUGUAACUUUUUCGACGUUAAAUACAUCAAAUCCUCCAUGGUCUCAAACAAACUCUCGAGUCCCGACUAAUUCUGCAUAUGCAAGUGCAUGUGUAGGAGGUCCCAAUAAUAAUAAUAUAUAUCUUUUGGAACAUCUUAAUACAACUAGUGGUUUUAGUAAUUAUACUAUAGUAUAUGCCUUUGAUACUGUAAACAAAUCAUGGAGUAUUCCUAAUAUAAGCGGAAUAAUUCCUGUAAGAUUUUUUGGUUCUAGUUCUGAUGGUGAACUUCUUAAUGAUAUUUAUAUUUUUGAUACUUUAAAAUUGACUUGGACACAAGGCUCUAAUGUUAAUGCGCCAACUCCACGUGCUGACUUUACAGCUACACUUUUAAAUAAUGGUCUUAUAAUUUAUAUAGGAGGUGAUGUUGAUAUGUUCAAGAUUCCGAUUUAUAACACUAAUAAUGACUCAUGGUCUACAAUGAUUGCUGAUGGUAAUGAAUUAAGUCCUAGAAGUCGCUUCACUGCUGUAUUAUCGCCGGAUGGGCAUGUUAUAAUCUAUGGUGGAACGGGUCCUACAGAUCAAACCGAAUUAUUAGCUUCAUUAGACACAACUGUUAAUCCAUAUAUAUGGUCAGCUAAACCUAUGAUUGGUAACAAUGUACCACCCCCACUUGUAUUACAUUCUGCAGCUAUAGUUGAUAAUUUUAUGAUUAUAGCAUUUGGGUCAAGAGGUAUAAAUUAUGAUAAUAGUACUUUUGACAUAAAUAAUUUGAAUACACAACUAUACCUUCUUGAUACUCGAACUUACAUGUGGGUUACAGACACACUACAAAAUUUUAAUUCAAAUAUUUCAUCUAAUAAUACGCAUACAUUAAGUGCAAUUGUGAUUGUAGCGAUUUCUAUAGCUUCCAUAGUUUUACUCGAAAUAGUUGGCCUUAUAAUAUAUUUGCUUUACAAAAGAAGUACACCGAGUAAAUUUCCUAAUAUGCAAGUAUAA